CACUUGAAAUGGUCACAGUGUAUAACAAGUUGAGUGAUAAUGAUACUGUAAUAACUAUUAUUUUUUUGAUCAACUUGUCUUUCAUUGCAACUCUUGUUUCUCAGUUGUGUUAUAUUAAGUUAUUUGUAAAUGGCGAAUGAUGGAAGGAUGGGGAGUGGAGAAAGUGAAUUUCACAUCAACAACUUACGACCUGGUCGUAUUAAAUCUUCAUUGUUCACUGCCAUUAUGUUAGCCUAUUGGGACAACGUAAUGGGUCCAAUGAUUACAAAAGUUUGGAAAGGAAACGACAAAGUUGAGAUCAAUGAAGAAAUAAUCAAUUAUGUUUCCAACCAUACCUUGAGUGGUGAAUUAUGCCGUCAGACAGAAAAAAAUACGAUUGACCCAAAGUUGUAUGUGUUGUCAGAUUUGGGUUAUAUUUUUUUUGCAGUCAUAUUCAACGGCCAUUCUAAAAUGGGCCAGACAAUUACAAGCCUCUCGUUUAUUAUGGCAUAUACAGACUUAGAAAAAUAUCUACUGUUACAAGAUUUUAUUAACAAACAAGUUAAACUGGCAGUGUUAAAGUAUAGAAUACUACAGCGAAAGGAUUUAGGAAAUGCAGUGAAAGUGUUUUCGUCUUACAUGAAGUCAUUUGCAAAAACAAUAGACAGCCUUGAGCACUCCAACAUACCUGAAAAUAUAUGUAUCAACAACACUGUUUUUGGAGAAAGCGAAGAAGCAAAUGAUUCAUUAUUACUGGAUUCAAAGUUCUUGAUGAAAUCAAUUACAUCACAUCUUCAAACAUGUGGAUGCACCAUUGUGAUUGGUCGACAUCCCUACAAAAUAAAUCUUAUGAUUGAUACGUUGGCACUAUUUCUGUCUCCUGGUGAGCGCUGCUGUUCCCGUUAUGCCAAUGUGGAGAAGAAAUAUGUUUUCAAUAUGGAUUUGUAUUUGCAAGGAAUUAUCGACGAACCUGAAAGCGUUUACAUGGUGAUUUCAAGCAAAAACAUUCUUCUCAACACUUUUUCAGUUUCUUUAAUCAACGUGGAUGAAAAAACAGUGCAACAAACAUCUCCUCUGAACGAACACGGCAUAAUGAGGAAAGAUUUUUUAAAAAGUGAACUCGGAAUGCUUCUUCAUGGUUCAGAGGCACCAAUAUAUCCUUACCACCAGCUGUUUACUGCAGAAUUUGGUGAUAUUUCAAUAAUGGUGCAACAAUUUAUAACUGAGCUCUUCGCCAUUCCAAACAAGUGUUCCAUUCGCAGAAAGCAUGUGGAGAAUUUUAAAUUGUUGUUAAAGCACAAAUCUCAGACACUGCUUUCUUAUGUGGAAGAAAAAAGUGAUAUGGGCAAAGAAGCAUUGUCCAUACAUCAAAUACGACAAUUGAAACAAGAUCUAUCCAUCCACUCAGACUCGGAUUUUCGCAUGAUUUUGGCAGCAGCGGAAAAGAUCCACCCUGGCAUAGCAGUAUUUAUGGAAGGAGAUGACUACAUCAAGGAGAGAGAAAUUCAGGCAGUACUUGAAGCUUUUUAAAUUCACCUUUCCUUCCGCUUCCCUUCUUUGGAGAUAAAUCGACAUUCGACAUUAUCUUCAUCAUAGUUGCUCGUUGAAAAUUAGCAACAUAGCAAGUAAGAAGAAUUUACUGGCAUUGUUGUUUCGUGAAAAUUGUUCCUUCAACUCGUUACAGAUCGUCAGAGCAUUUAUCCUGCUCUUAAAUUUUCACAAAACUAAAGUGUCAACAAGACAUGUAAAUAGUAUUUGUAGGUCUAUUUGGCAAUGUGUUGAGGACAGUUUCCACUGCUACAACAUACCAUAAUGCACAAUUAAUUGUAGGAACUGGUAACAAAUUACAAGAAAAAUACACUUGUUUUGAUAAUGCUUGAAUGUGUAUGUUCAAUUCUUUUUAAAUUGAUUUAACGGAA